UGCCGGGGUGCGGCAAGGGUGGGGGGAGGGGGUUCGGAGACCCGCGGCUCCUUUCUUCGACGCACUUCUAGUCGAGAGCGGGCAGCUGCUACUGAGCCUUGGGCGGCCGUGGGGCCGAAAACCAUGAGGCCCGGGGGCGCGGGCAGCUCCGCGAGACUGCUGCUUGCUGUUGGCUGGCUGUUCCUGGCGGGCAUCCAGUCCGCAUGCGGGACCAAUGUCACCUCCGUCCAGGAUCCCGGUUUGGCCCGCACAGAAGGCGAAGGCGAAGGCGAGGGCGAAGGCGAGGGCGAAAGCGAGGGCGACAACCUAUACGAGAACGAGAGCGAGGCCGAGGAGGAGACCGUGACUGACCUCGGCGAGCCUGAGCACAUCCACCCGCCUGAGACCGAGGAGGAUGUUUCAAAUGUGAAAGUAGUCAAAGAAGUAGAAUAUGGGAUGUGCACCGUUACAUGUGGUGUUGGUAUUAGAGAAGUUAUAUUAACAAAUGGAUGCCCUGGAGGUGAAUCUAAGUGUGUUGUACGGGUGGAAGAAUGCCGUGGACCAGUAGACUGUGGCUGGGGUAAACCACUAUCAGAAAGUCUUGAUAGUGUCAGACUGGCAUGUGUUCAUACAACUCCUGCAAAUCGUUUCAAAUAUGUUUGGAAGCUUCUAAGGCCAGAGCAGCAACCCAUUAUACUUGUAAAUGAUUCAGCAAUCCUGGAAGUACACAGGCAAAUUCAUCCCUUGGCUUUUGAGUGUGAUACCUUGGAUAAUAAUGAAAUAGUAGCAUCUAUUAAAUUCACAGUCUAUACAUCAAAUGAGCUGCAGAUGAAAAGAUCAAGACGACCAGACACUGAUGCAGUCCUGGUUUUUGUGCUGACUAUAGGAGUUGUUAUGUGCAUAUUUGUGAUCUUUGUACUGAUCUUCAUAAUUAUAAACUGGGCAGCAGUAAAGUCUUUCUGGGGAGCAAAAGCCUCAGCAACUAGGAUACCUUCUGAGAGGACUUCAUUGAAACGUAAAGAUUCAGCUUCUCUGGACCGAUCACCAGCAGAAACAACUGGACAUGACGAUGAUGCUUUAAGUGAAUGGAAUGAAUGAUGUAUAUAACAAAGCAAAGGAAAGUAGGGCAUACCAGAUUCAUUAUUAUAAAAAUAAAAUAUAUAGUGAAAUACUUUAAUCAUAUUGCAAGUGAUUUACCAGCCUGAAGGUAAUAUAGUAUGAGAAGGAGCUGUUUUAAUCAGUACAUCUUUGUAGUAGACUUCCAAAACUCUUUUAAAUUUAUUCUCUAAGUUUCACAAUUCAGGUAAUCAUUGGUAACAUUUAUGUAGAGGUGCAAACACACAAAGUCUUCCAAACACAUUUUUGGUCACUGUGAUUACUUCUAAGGUGAUUUGCCUGUUCUGUUUCCCCAAAAUAAAAAUAUAAUAUAGAAGAAACCUUGCAUAGUAGACUUUCUCCCUCCUUGGGGCACUGGAUUGUACUUGCUAAAGCCAACCAUACUUUAGAGUCUCUGCAAUCACGACACAUUAAGCAUCACAUGUAACACAUGAAAUAAUAACAAUAAUAACAAUGAUAACAAGAUUUAGUGACUACUACGUGCCAAGCUUUUCUCAAAG